AUGGAUGAUGAUGAUGACUCGUGUCUCCUUGAUCUUAUUGGAGACCCACAGGCAUUGAACUAUUUUCUACAUGGACCUAGUAGCAAAUCUAGCACUGACGACUUGACUAAUGCAGGGUAUUCUGCAGCCAACUCAAAUUCAAUUUUCGCCAACUCUAGUAAUGCAGAUCCUAAGUCAUCUCUCAAAGGUGUGAGCAGCCAGCUUGGAGAAGGAUCUAGCGAUGGACUCCCACUUUCAAGCAGCCUUCAGUUUCUUGAAGAUGAACUUGAAUCCUCUCCUCUUCCAGACCUCAGUGAGGACCAACCUUUUGACAUUCUCCAGAAGUCCUUGCAGGAGGCCAAUAUCACUGAACAGACUUUGGCAGAAGAGGCUUAUUUGGAUGCCAGUAUAAGUUCUAGCCAACAGUUUGCACAAGCUCCGCUUCAUCCUUCUUCAUCAGCAUCCUUUACUCAGGCUUCUAAUGUUUCUAAUUACUCAGGUCAGACGCUGCAGCCUAUAGGAGUGACUCACGUGCCUGUCGGAGCAUCAUUUGCAAGCAAUACAGUGGGUGUGCAGCAUGGCUUCAUGCAGCACGUGGGAAUCAGUGUGCCCAGCCAGCAUUUGUCUAACAGCAGUCAGAUUAGUGGUUCUGGUCAAAUACAACUCAUUGGUUCAUUUAGCAAUCAGCCUUCCAUGAUGACCAUUAAUAACCUUGAUGGAUCUCAGAUCAUAUUAAAAGGCAGUGGGCAGCAAGCAUCCACAAAUAUGAGUAGUGGACUCCUGGUUCACAGACAGACUCCUAAUGGCAACUCAUUGUUUGGAAACUCCAGUUCAAGUCCAGUAGCACAGCCUGUAACUGUUCCAUUUAAUAGCACAAAUUUCCAGACAUCUUUACCCGUGCAUAACAUUAUCAUACAGAGGGGCCUUGCACCAAAUUCAAAUAAAGUCCCAAUUAAUAUCCAACCAAAGCCUAUUCAAAUGGGUCAGCAAAACACAUACAAUGUGAACAAUUUGGGAAUUCAACAGCACCAUGUGCAACAAGGGAUUCCUUUUGCCCCUGCAAGCUCACCCCAGGGCUCCGUAGUGGGUCCACAUAUGUCUGUGAAUAUUGUGAAUCAACAGAACACAAGAAAAUCAGUUGCCUCACAAGCAGUGAACAGCACGGGGGGUAGUAUUGUCAUCCACUCACCCAUGGCACAGCCUCAUGCACCCCAAAGUCAGUUCCUCAUUCCCACAAGCCUCUCUGUCAAUUCAAACUCAGUACACCAUGUCCAGACCAUCAAUGGGCAACUUCUUCAGACUCAGCCUUCCCAGCUGGUGUCUGGUCAAGUGGCUUCCGAGCAUGUCAUGCUCAACAGGGGUUCCUCUAAUAUGCUUAGGACCAACCCAUCAUAUUCGGGGCAAAUGCUAAACAACCAGAAUACUGCUGUCCAACUCGUGUCUGGACAGACAUUUACAGCAUCUGGUAACCAAGUGAUAGUCAAUCACACACCUUCUCAGAUUGUUGGUGGACAGAUGCCCUUGCAGCAGGCAUCGCCAACCGUGUUACAUUUAUCACCUGGCCAGAGCAAUGUCUCCCAAGGCAGGCCAGGCUUCCCAGGACAGUCUGCUGUCACAAGUGUUUCUGCCCCUGGUCGGUUCACAGUUGUCAGCUCCUCCAGCACAGCCCUUCCUAACCUUGGACCCUCAGUCCAGUCAGCAACAUCUGCAGCAAACUUCAAUGGAGACCAGCUACCCCAGCCCAACCGGACUUCGGGGCCAGCCAGUGUGUCUCAUCGUCUUCCAGUUUCCUCAUCCAAAUGUACUGGCACCUUCGGUAGCACCCCAGGAGGAGGGACCCAGCCCCAGGUCUCCUUUUGCCAGGCUCAGAAAAAAAGCUUGAACCAGACUUCCCCCGUUUCAACUUCCAAGACCCCAGAUGGCUUGAGACAAACGCAAAUAACUGGUCUCUUGAGUAACCCAUUGCCAGGACAGGAUUCUGGAAGCAAAGUUAUGCAACCACCCUUAGGAACACCACAGCCACAACAGGAAAAAGGAGUGGGAUCGUCACCAGGACAGCAAAAUGUACAGGUGGAUAGUCAUACAGUGGGACAAAAGAGACCUGCUGCGAAACAGCUAACUAAAGGAGCUUUUAUUCUCCAGCAGUUACAGAAGGAUCAAGCCCAUGCUGUGACACCAGAUAAAAGCCAGUUCAGGUCACUAAAUGAUGCGGUCCAGAGACUCCUUUCUUAUCAUGUGUGUCAGGGAUCCCUGCCAACUGAAGAGGAUUUGAAGAAAGUGGACAGUGAAUUUGAAUCAGUUGCCACUCAACUUCUCAAAAGGACCCAAGCUAUGCUUAACAAAUACAGAUGCCUGCUUAUAGAAGAUGCCAUGCGGAUAAAUCCUUCUGCUGAAAUGGUGAUGAUUGACAGGAUGUUCAAUCAAGAAGAAAGAGCUUCUCUGUCCCGAGAUAAACGCCUGGCCCUUGUAGAUCCUGAUGGUUAUCAGGCCGAUUUCUGUUGUUCCUCCAAACAACUAGAUAAAGCCACAGAAGAGACACAGUUUGGCAGGAGUGACCAGCAUGGCAGCAAAGCAUCAAGCUCUCUGAACCUGGCAGGGAGUGCCAAGGUCCCAAGCAGAGACCGAGCCAAACUAGGCGUGGCAGAACCAGCAAAUCCUGACCAGCCUCAUACAGUGCCUAACCACAUUAUGGUCUCCCCAGGAGGAAAUAUUUCUAAAAAAACAGAAUGCCUUGGCAAAGCCCUGAAAUUUGACAAGGCAGGUACAGUUCCAUUUGGGAGCACAGCUGAAGAGAAGGUAGUCAGGAGAGACUCCGCCAGGGGGAGUGAGUGCUCUCCAGGCUCCGAGGGCCCCCUGAAAAGUUCAUCCAGACUAGAUCAUGGUACGGACAGCCAGAGAUCAAGUAAUACUAUUGAACCUCACUCAGAGGGAACAUGUAACAAUUCUCUUCAAGACAAAACUUUGAGGAAUUCUCCAAAGAAUGAGGUUCUACACACAGACAUCAUGAAGGGGUCGGGUGAACCCCAACCAGAUCUCCAACUCAGUAAGAGUUUAGAAACGACAUUCAAAAAUAUCUUGGAACUCAAAAAACCUGGGAGGCACCUCCAAACUGAUAUGGCCGGCAGUGGUUCCCUCGAGUUAGACUUCCCCAACUUUUCCCCAAUGGCAUCGCCAGAAAACUGCCUGGAAAGGUUCAUGCCGGACCCCAGUGAAGGUGGUGUAGAAACUGACUCCAUUUUAGAAGCAGCUGUAAAUAGUAUCCUCGAGUGUUAAUAGAAGCAGUCCCCUGGGCAAGUUAACGUUCUCUCCUAGCAAGAACGAAUGGAAAGCAUCCCCUAACUCCAGCCAGCCUGAUCUUUCAUCACAGGUCACCCUUUUAAACUCAAUCCUGUUCUGUGUUUGAAAGCAAUACACGUUGUGGUUAACAGGGAGAUACCCAGUAAAGCUCAUCCUUGUUAGAAAGCAGUCUCAUAGGCCCUACACAUCUCAAGUGUUAGGAUAGUGCUUAUGGUUGUUUUUUGUUUUGUUUUGUUUAAAAAAAAACCACUGUAACUCAAUGAGAUCACAGUCCGCUAGGCCCGAAGUAAAAUGCUGACAAUCACACAUCAUAUGAAAAAAUACUUAUUAAAAAAAGUCAAACAAGACCAACAGAAGCUGCUUUUGUUUUUAGUCCUAUCCAUAUCCCUGUUUGAGAGCUUUGUUUUUUGGGGGGAGGGAAAGAGCAACCCCAUGGCCUCACUCCUAGAGGCCCUCUUGAAGCAGCAACAGAUCUCUGGCUGAGAAUCCCCACACUUUGGCCUGGGAAGCCUGCACAGGAGCAGCAGGGCAUUGCAGGGCUCCCUCCAUCAUCAUCCAAGCGCUUUUUUAGGGCACCUGGAACAAAACUUCUUGUUUUAUGGUUUGUCUUUAUCUGGUGAAUUUCAUCUAAGUUAUGCUCUGUCCUCAGUCACAAUAGCCUGACUUGAAUUAAUAAUGUGAGGUUAGUUUCUAAGUGGCAAAGUGUACAGGGGAAGGAGGCCAUGAUAGAGCAAUGAUUAUUAUAUAUGUGUAUAUAUUUAAAUGCAUAUAUAUGUUAACUAUUGAGAAAAAAGUUUUGCAUUUUAUAAUUGGAUAUAGUCAACCUAAAUCUUUAUGAUGCGGUGUGUUUUUGUUUGUUUGGAUUUCUUUGAUUUUGUUUUUAAAACCAACCCCAUCCAAGUGUCAAAAUGCACUUUCAUUUGAAAACAGUGUUAUAAUUUUUAAAUUUAUACUUUUAAGGGGACUUUAGCCUUGUUUAUGAUUGUUGUUGUCAAAAAUAUUAGUGGUCCCACGUAGCAGUUGAAAUUACCAAAAUACACAUAGACCAAAGUGAACCGGCUCAAUCUACUGCUGAAAUUCCCAGUUGAGAGCCAAAGGACGCCCUUGGAUGGUUUGUACUUGGCCGUGUUUGUGUUGAUGGUGAUGGCCUCUUACUGCUUUAUUUAUCUUUUUCUUCCGGCUCAUUCUUUUCUCAUUUCCCUUCCCCAGAGCAUGCUGCUUUUGUUACUUUUGUCCUUAAUGCUGUUGUAUCUAUCAGUUUUUCAACUGUUGCUGAAACAUCUGUAUGAAAAAAUAUUCAUUAUAUAUAUAUAUAUAUAACAUACACACAUACACGCAUAUACGUAUGUAUGCUUGUUCAAAACCAGAGACCUUUUAUGAUGACAGCAGUGUGCUCUCCCUCUUUAUCUCUUUCUUUUCUUUCUUUGCUUCUUAUUGCCUCUUUAUCAUUUGUUGCCAAGAUCCCAGACCUGCUUCUGAUUUUCACUGGGGCAGAGGCGGCCCAUUAUUCUCAUGCUGGGUGUUUAUCAUUCAGAGUGGCCUGAAAGAAAGAAUAAGGCCUCUGACCAUUUUAAAAGCGCAGCAACCUAUACUUAAUGGGGAAGGGAGUAACUGCUGCUCUUCUCUUACCUUCUCCCCUCCUCUAUUUUGACUCACUGGGCCAUUCCUCCCCCCAACCUUCCCCUCCUUCCCCCUCGCUAUAGAACUACAAAUUGGAAGAUCUAGGCUGUUUAGGGAUUGCCAUUUUUUUUUUACUAAUUUGUGCCAAUAUCCAGGAUGUGAAUUGUCAUGCUCAACAUUCCCCAGACCUCACCAAUGUAACAUAUUAAAAAGACUGAGUUGGUAUAUUGCCAGUUUGAAAUUUCUGUUUGGGCACCAUUAUCUUAAGACCCUUGUCUCACCUCACCCUACUCCAAGCCUCCAACUUCUCAAACUUCUCCUAGGAAUUAGGCUACCUUAAUUUCCAGCAGGACUUUUAAUAAUGAGCUGGAGCACCAGACUCCACUCUUUACUGUGGGGCUACAUACAUAGAAGCAUAUAGGGUAGGCUGGCCAAAAGUUACCUUAGUUCCUAUGAAUCAGUAGCAUUCUUAAGAGAGAAGAUGGACUCCAUGCCUAUGAACCAUCUUUCCUUCCUCCCCUAAUCACAGCCCCCAUGCCACCCUAAAUCCAGCUGCUCCAUAUUUUGUCUUUUAUAGGGUUUAAGAGCCCUAAUAUUUGUCUAGCAGAUGGAGAGCUUAAUUUACCAAAAUGAAACUUGUAAAUUUUUGUGUCCUGUAUGUAAGUUUACUUUUUAUGGACGAAGGAUUCUUGAUAAUGAUGAAGAUUACAAAGUGUAUUUUACUCUUGUCGGAUUAGGUUACACACACACACACACACACACACACACACACACACACACAGUAUCAGCCCUCAUGUGUUGAACACCUUCUGGAAUAGGUUAAAUGAAACCAGCCUUGGAUGGCUAAUAUUGUUCAGGUUCAUUAAUCUAACCUAAGUUUUAGGACUACUUGUAUUCCGUAACAAAAAUCAUUUCCCUUUUGUUGUCGUCGUCGUUGUGGAAAAUGUGAAUUUGUUAUUAAGCAUUUGAUUUUCCGUGUCCCUUAAGUACUGCCUAAAGUUAAAGCAAAUUUUGAACUGGCAAUUACGAGGAAAAAAAAUAUUUUAACUCUGAAGAAUUUAGUACAAUUUGUUAGAUUAGGGAGGCCUUACAGACUGACUUGACUUCAAGAGGAUGUGUCACUUAUUGUCAGUGUGGUAUGGACUUUAUUUGCUUAAAUACCUUCAUUUGUAUAGUAUGUCUCACUUGAAAUUGCUUUGUAUACAUUUUGUAAAAAUAUUUAUAAAAUGUUUUGUAAAAAAAAAGUAUAACAAAUUGCAGUUUAUUUUGUUAUGUUGGAUAAAUACUGUUAAAAGAAACCAGUCAGUAACUAUAUUGUUAAUCCAUGGUUAGGAAAUGUUUAGUUGGAGAUUACAAAAAUGAACCAACCAU